AUGGUGGAUAAGAAGCAGGAGCGGAGCAACUUUCGACCGGGGGAGUGGUUGAAUCUAAUGGUGACAGAGCCCUACUAUCUCUCUCAUUUUCUAGCCUUCUUUUCCUAUUUAGUAAUUCGAAGUUCUGCAAAUCAUAUCCUCUUCUAUAACAUCACACAUAUUCUUCUUUGCCGGGAGCUGCAAGCGAUUUUGGUGUUUCUGAUUUUCUGCAUGUUUAAGAUGGUGAGAGGAGAGACGCCGGAGGCCUUUAUUGCCGAUAUGCUGUUGUUUGUUAAGAUUUUUCUAGUUGCUCUCGCUUCUAUGAUGGAUUAUCACCUUGCAAUUUGGUAUGUAAUCGUGUUUACAGGGAUAUACAUCUUUACUCAACAACCUGUUUUCCAAGGAUCAGGUACCUGUAGUAAGUUAACUCCACUGCAGCUGGAAUCCUUGCUGACCGAGGGGAACAACAAGUCAAGAUUCUGGCUGGUUGAGUUUCGUGUUUCCUUCUCAGUUGACUGCAUACGGUCUAGUAGAUGCUUGCCUGAGCUAUCAGUUACAUAUUCAAACAAACAUCUAUCAUUUGGAGUAGUUGAUCUUGGGCUCUUUCCAAAUGUUGCUGAGAAAUUUGGAAUAUCACUUGGUGGAAGUAUGAAUCAGCUCCCUACCUAUAUCUUAUUUGAGAAUGCAGCUGAGAUUGCUCGCCUUCCAGAUUUGGAUUUUGAAAUAAAAGCAUACCCUCCAAUAACCAAGCGACUUCUCUGCAGACAUUUUGACCUUGAUUGCCGCCUACUUGAGUAUGUGUUUGGAAAAUAGCAUCAUCAGGUUGUGUGCUUCAGUCAAUCAGCGUAUCUGCUUUCUUUCUUGCUUCAUGUGAUCUAUAUCCAAUAUGAGUUAUAGUAUCCACUGAGAAUAGAAUUCGAUCAUGUUUUGAUUCCAAUUAUGUAACGGGCUCGAAUUAUAAACUAGUGAUGAUAUUUCUGUCCGGAGUUUGUAAUUUCAGGCCACUGGGGAGCAUGAGUCCUGUAAAGUUUAUACUGACCGAUUUAGAACCUGAGUAAUGCAAAUAUAUGGGAUUCCAAGUUGGAGGGAAGUUUCCUGUGGAAUCACCCUCAUUUUUAAAUACAAAAGAUUCAAUGAUAGCCACUAUUAUUGA